AUGCCGACCGUUCACCUACUCGACUACGUCGCGGGCAACGUUCGCUCACUCGUCAAUGCCAUUGAGAAAGUCGGCUACACGGUGGAAUGGGUCAAGUCGCCCGCCGACGUGCCUUCUGCAGAUAAACUCAUCAUUCCGGGCGUCGGCCACUUCGGCCACUGUUUAUCACAGCUCGAGGCUGCUGGCUACAUAGAGCCAAUCCGCGAACACAUCAAAGCCGGGAAACCUUUUAUGGGAAUAUGUGUUGGUAUGCAGGCGGUGUUUGAAGGAUCGGAGGAGGACCCGCAAGUCAAGGGACUAGGAUUGAUUCCCUCGCGGUUGCGCAAGUUCCAGGACACAGACAAGAGCGUGCCGCACAUCGGAUGGAACAGCGCCAAUACGUCAAGGCCUGGCCAAGUUACUGAUGAGUCACUGUACGGACUACGGCCAACAUCAAAAUACUAUUACGUUCACUCGUAUGCUGCGCUGUAUGAGGAGGGCAAGUUGGAAAAGGAAGGCUGGGCCGUUGCAACAGCACGAUACGGCGACGAGGAGUUCGUGGGCGCAGUAGCCAAGGAUAACGUUUUCGUAACACAAUUUCACCCUGAAAAGAGUGGUGCCGCAGGUCUGCGCGUCAUGAAAGCAUUUCUGGAUGGAAAGCGAUCGCAGAAGCUACCAACGACACCUUCAGCAUCCGCAACAAAAGAGGGCCUCACACGUCGUGUCAUUGCAUGUCUCGACGUGCGCACAAACGACCAAGGAGACCUCGUAGUCACAAAAGGCGACCAAUACGAUGUGCGAGAAAAGGCUGGCACAGGCAACGCCGUCCGUAACCUAGGGAAACCCGUCGAGAUGGCGAAAAAGUACUACGAGCAGGGCGCCGACGAAGUCACGUUCCUCAACAUCACAUCCUUUCGCAACUGCCCCGUGGCCGAUACACCGAUGCUCGAGAUCCUACGGAAAACUAGUGAAACAGUGUUCGUCCCCUUGACAAUCGGUGGCGGCAUUCGCGACACUGUUGACACAGACGGAACUAAGAUCUCCGCCCUCGACAUCGCGACCAUGUACUUUAAGUCUGGCGCAGACAAGGUGAGCAUUGGCUCCGACGCCGUUACCGCCGCAGAGGAAUACCACGCACAUGGGAAGAAACUAGCAGGCAACACGGCAAUAGAAAGUAUUUCCUCUGCAUACGGCAACCAGGCGGUCGUCAUCAGCGUCGACCCAAAACGCGUAUAUGUCUCCUCCCCAGACGCCACACCACACCACACUAUCAAGACCAAAACUCCAGGCCCCAACGGCGAGGAAUACUGCUGGUAUCAAUGUACCAUCAAAGGUGGGCGCGAGGGUCGUGACUUCGACGUGCGCCAACUUGUCACAGCUGUCGAAGCCAUGGGCGCAGGCGAGAUCCUGCUCAACUGCAUAGACAAGGACGGGAGCAACAGCGGCUUUGACCUUGAGCUUAUCAACGACGUCAAGGCUGCCAUCAAGAUCCCGGUCAUUGCGAGUAGUGGAGCGGGGAAUCCAGGACACUUUGAGCAGGUCUUUGCAGAGACCCGGACGGAUGCUGCGUUGGGGGCGGGCAUGUUUCACAGGGGCGAGUAUACGGUCAAGCAGGUUAAGGAUUGGCUGCAGGACAAGGGGCAGAUUGUUCGACCUUUCGAGGCGGAUGUGUAA